CUUAUGGCUAGAGAUGUGUAAAAAUGUCACUCCUUGCUGUCAGUUACGUCUCCAGCACGUGUUGUUAUAGGGAGAGGCCGCUUGAACAGGCGUGGGGUCGGUCAGUUGCUGAGGGUGUCCGGGGGCUUUUCCGUGGCCCCUCGUUCCAGCAUUACACGCAGCAGCCGGGCGAGCACAGUGAGGUGCGCUGCAGGCAUUAAUGCGACCUGUUCUGGCGCGCCGCUGGCUGCCUGACCGUCCAGCACAAUGUAUGUGUGAUACUACCCAAAACACAAUGUCCUGUCCAAAUCUACCACCGUACCCUGUACAGAUUGGUUCCAUGAAAUAUGACUCUAAUGAAAAACAGUUGCACAAAUAUGUAAGAGGUGGAAACUAUUUAAAAGUUAAAAAAAUUCUUAAAAAAGACAUAGAUGUUGAUUCAACAAAUUCUCAGGGGCAAACACCAUUGUUUGUGGCUGCACUGCUUGGUCUACAAAGGAUAGUCGAUUUGCUUUUGACAUAUGGAUCCAACCCUAACCACCGCUGUUUUGAUUAUAGCACUCCUGUUCAUGCUGCAGCAUUUUCUUGUAACCAGAUGAUCAUGAGCAAGCUCAUUGAUGCUGGAGGGGACUUGAGGCUUCAUGAUAAGAAUUGCAGAAGUCCAUAUGACUGGGCUCUCAUGGCUGGAAAGGAUCAAUGUGCUGAGAUGCUUAAAUUCAUUGAUCGCUGCUCUCUACACAUGCAAGCUCUAAUCCACUGUUAUCCUUUGAAGCCUAUGAGGAUUGCCACAUCACAGGAACUCGUUUUUACUCCAUCACUAAUUGAUCUACUUUCACCAAGAAAUGCUGACAAAUCAAUAAAGCGAUGCCAUAAACGUGAGAGGAUUUCAGAAAAUAAAAUAUGCAACUUUGGAUAUGGACAGGUUUUCUUACAGGGUGAUAGCCAGGCUGGCUUUGUGUUAACGGUUCCUUUUAUUGAAGAUAAAAACAUUGUACAACAAGACAGCAAGCCUACCUUUUCUUUCCCAGCUGGACCUUAUAUGAUAAUGGAAAAGUUACAGCUUCAUACACCAGGCUUGCCGUUCAGGAUGCUACUAUGCAGCAAAGAACCCAAGAGAGCAGUUUGUAUGUUGUGGGAAUGUACGGAAGUUACAGUAAAGGGUCUCUGUGUGAAGGCUUGUAGAAACAGCAGCAAGGAGCCUUUGGUUGAUCUUUUACUAGCAGAACAGAAAAAUAUAAGUAAGCUCCAGCAUCCUCUCAUUCUCCAACUCUUAGCUCUGUGUGUUUCACCGUCCCUGGAGGGGACACGACUUGUGUUUGAGAGGGUCACAUUUGGUUCCUUCUACAACAUUUUACACGAAAAGCGUACAGAAUUCCCAAUAUUACACAUGGAAACAAUAACUCACUUACUGCUACAGAUGAUUGAUGCUCUCAUAUUCCUUCAUUGGCGCGGCUUUAUCCAUUGCUCCUUUUCUUCACAUGCUAUACAGAUUGUAUCUGCAGGCAGAGCCAAGCUAAGUAACUUUGAAUACAUGAUCGAAAGCAAAAAUGACAAGGAGUUCAGGGACAUCAAUCAGUUCCCUAUACCUAAACAGCUGUAUUGCUGGGCAUCUCCUGAAGUAAUUCUAGGAAAUACUGUUUCUGUAAAGUCUGAUCUUUACAGCCUGUGUGUAGUCAUGCAGGAAUGUUUAACAGACAGUCUCCCAUGGAAUGAUUUGGAUGGCCAUGCUAUAAGAGACGCUGUAGGUUCAGGUCAUUACUUAUGUGUUGAUCCCAGACUUUUUAAGCCAUAUGAUUCCAUAGUAUGUACAGGCAUUCAGGCGAAGCCGGAGGAGAGGACAAUGAAUUUACAGGAUAUUCGAUAUUUACUGAAGAAUGAAUUCAAGAACAAUGCUUGUACCAAAAAUGCUUCUGGAAGUGUGUCUAUAGAGACAGAGUGUGAUGGCAGAGAUGAGACAUUUGAGAACGAGACAGGACUUUGUUGUGUCAACAGAACAGAAACUCUUUCUUCAACUAAGUCCCAAUCUGACACCCAGUAUGUGACAACAGAACAAGCUAGUUCUGGCAGCCCCUCAGCCACAUUAUCACUAAUCAGUGAUUCGGAGACCAGCACAGAGUCCAAUUCACAGGAUGAAGACACUGAUUGUGAGAGUACAGAACUAAAUGAUGAUUUUCAGGCUGAAUUGCAAACGUUAGAGCAUAGAUUGACUUCAAUUCAGAUGCAUAACAAAUCUACUCUUGACAAUCUUACAUUUAUUCAGAAGUUUCUGGGAGAGAAGAAGAUAAUUCUCGAUUGUACAGAAGAAACAAAACAAUCUGAAAGAGUCCAUGUGAGAGAACGUGAUGAACGAUCAAAUAAAUGUCCUCCUGAUAAGCCUAGAGAUGAGGUUGAUAACAUGGUUCCAUGUUUCAAGGGUAAAUCAUAUGCUGGAUGGUGUGCCAUUGGGCCCCCUCCUCGAUAUUUGCCCCCUGGUAUUGCAUUACGUUCCUGGAAUGACGUAACGGAAGCUGAUAUGCUGCGAGAUAUAGGGCAAAGCCAAAGCAAGUGUACUGUUGACAGUCUGAGACAGAACAUAAGGAAGAAUGAAUGGUGUGGUGCUCAAAGUUCAUUCAAAGUGAAAAAUCCUGACAAACCCUCGACUAACCAGAUUUACACUCAGUUUAUUGGAAGAAGCUCAAAGAACUCUGGUAAACAUGAUGAUGGAAUUGAGACAAACAGAUUGCAUGGAAGAGCAAAUUCUACAACGCAGUGGGCAACAAAUAGCAGAAGAGAUUUCCCACCUACCUGGACCGCAAUUUCAGAAAGACAGUGCAUGCAGAAUAAGGAGCAGUGGGUUCAUCUCAAGGAAAGAGAAGACCAGUCUCAGGAGAGCAGCAAGAUUCGUAGCCAGGAAGACAAGGAGGAUAAUUUGGAGAAAUUAUUUCUUCAGUUUGCAGGUAGAAGAUCCAAGUCCCCAAAUGAUAAGGAACACUGUGAAAUCCCUAUAGGCUUGAAGCCAUAUAUAAACCAUACCAAAGAUAUAGAUGUUUCAACUGCUAGCUCUGAAACCAAUUAUUUUACACCAGAAUAUGGUUUCUCUGCUGAGAAUUCAGACCAGGAGACAUUGAAUGUGUGUGAGAAGUCAGACAAAGUCAUAGAAGGGUGUUCUGCAAUGUGUUCAGAGGAUAAUGAAAUCUCUAGUCAAGAAAAUAAAUCAUUUAUGUAUUGGACUGGAGACAGAACAUUUCAAAGGAAUAUGCCAGAGGUCACCAAACUUACUCUAUCUUCAAAUACAAGGUCCACUAUAGAUGUUGAGGAAUUAUCGAGCAUUUCAUGUGAUUAUAAAACUCCUUCAAAGAAUCUUACAGCUUCCAUAUCCACUGAGGCUUCUGCCAGACACAGCACGCCCAACAAUCCAGAUAAGAUAGAAUCGGGCUGUAAAGUAAUAUUUUCACAGGAGAACAGACUGAGAUGCUCUGACACUUCAUGCUGGACAAGUCUUGACUCUUCACCAUCAAAUGAGAACAUUUCCACAAGAACCUCAGAAGAUUUUUUAUCUGCUUUAGCAACAAGUGACAUUUUAGACUGUAAUCCUGUGAGCAUACUUAAGAAAAAGACGUUCAGCCUACCUGGCCAUAUUGUAAAUACCACGUCUGGCAAGAGCCAAGAGUCAGGUUCCACUGAAGAUGCACUGUUAGAAAGUUAUUGUUUACUGAAUAAAACAGAUUGCGAAUGCCGAAGUAUGGAGAUUACAUCUCUGACUAAUGUGACUGAAGCAGAUAGCAAGUGUGAUCAUUCAAGAAACAAGUCAGAAGACGGCAAGCCAGAAGUACAUUCAACCAAGAAUUAAUGCUGCUGAAGUCUUGAACAGGAAUUAAGUUUGGAAGCAAAAUUACUGUCCAAAAUACAGAUGGAAACUCCUGGACCUAGUGUUCCCAUUCAGUUUUUUGUUUCCUCAUCCUCCGCAUGGAUAUCUAAGCCAAUAUUGAAGUUUAGUUUACGUUUUUUGUUAUACGUUUUCAAGUGUUCACUUUGUGUUGUUAAAUUGUUUUAUUGAAUUCAUUGUAUUGAAGUAUACUGUUUUACUUGAAAAUCUAACCCUCCAAAUGCAUAGAACAUCUUUCAGAAAUAUGGCAAGAUUUUGAUUACUCAGUUCUUGAAAACAACUGUACAUGCAAUCUUUGUGGGCAGAUUGAACGAAUAUAGAAACAAAAAACUAAAAAAAAUAAUCAGUUUUCAAUAGCUCAAGUAAUAAAGUUUAUCAGAUAUAAAUUAUUUGUCUGUGCAAUCUUUAAAGAAAAGAUCGUUUGCAAAAAAAAAGUAUUUCAAUCAAAAUGUACCAUAUUUAGAUUUGUCCUUACUCAGCUCUCCUCUCAUUGCGAUAUACAGUCAUGGACACAUUUGUUUGUACCCUUGCAGCUCAUUGAAACAAUUCCUCCUGAAAAGUGAUGAAAUUAAAAGCUAUUAUCUCAUGUA